UUCACAAGCUUCGGCACAUAACGGCACCAUCGGCCCGUACAUUUGUGCCGUCGGCAGAGCCGGCACGCUCAGCUCCGUGGCAAACUUAGCUAAGACAACGGCCAUUUCUCUCCAUGGACAGCGACGACAGGCCCAGCUGGCCAUCACUGUACGACCCCAGCCUCGAAUUCUUCGAGAUUCCCAACCACGACGCCAAACAACCUGGCGCAGUGUACCUCUACCAUUAUGGUCAAAUAUUCAGCUUCACGUUAUACUGGACUUUUGUUUUCUACACCCCUAUCUUCAUUGUCUGUGCUACCAUUGCUUUCCUCAAUGUCUUGUUCCCCCCGGGAUGUGAGCAUAAACGAAUUCACGAGCCUGAAGAUUAUCCCUUGGUGCCGCUGAGGCCUACAAGGAUGAAAAAAGUGAACCCGCAGCGGUCGAGAGUCACUUUGGCAGUGAUUGUCUUACUGGUGUUCUUGGGCAUAAGUGUCCUCAGCGUGGUAUGUGGGGCGACGAUCGUCUCGCUGGUGGUAAUGGAACUGUUUUGGUCCGGUGGAUUUAGUCUAUCUACCUGGGUGCCCUUUUUUGGUGCACUUAUUCUUGUGCUUAUCAGUCUCCUCAAGCGCGUAUUUCGUUUUGUCUUCCCACGUUUUUGCUUAUUGUCUCGCAGCUCCUGGCCGUCUGUAAUAUAUAUAAUCUAAGCUAUGCGACGCGUCGAAAAGCAGCUU